AUGCCACCUCCAGGCACAAGCAACAAGGUUGCAGACGGUGGGUCGAGGAAUUUUGAUGGCUCCAUUGAAUGGCCCUUUAACAUGAGAGUAUUUGAAGAUAUUAGCAGUAAGUGGGGGCCUUUCCAAAUUGACUUGUUUGCAUCUAGGUUGAAUGAUAAGGUCCCAGCCUAUGUAUCAUGAAAGCCUGACCCUGGUGCAAAGCGUGAAUGCUUUCCAUAUGAUUGGGCCAAUUUAUAUCUUUACUGUUUUCUACCUUUCAGCGUUGCAUUGUGCCUGCAGAAGAUAGAAUUCAACUAAGCAACAGGUGUGAUCUUGGUUCCCAUUUGCCAAACACAACUGUGGUUUACAACCCUCUUGCGUCUUCUGAUAAACAAACCUUUUCGUCUAUCUCAAUUCAACAAUCUACUAACACACCCUCACAGCGGUGAACUGCAUCCCUUACGGAAACGACUUCGACGGAUGGCUUGCAGAGUCUCAGGCAGGGUUUCCUAUAGAAAUUAUCCUUCACUCAUGGUCAGUUGCAACACAGAAACAGUACCAUCCAUAGCUAAGGAGAUGGCUUACGUUUUGUGGUGAACAACAGGAGAAUCCCUACAACCCAUCCGUGACAACCGUGUUAAAUUUUCUAGUUGUGCUGCACGAACGGGGACACUUCACACAGCCAGAGGUGCCAUUUCUGCAAUCACUAUAUCAACAGGCAGCCAUCCGAUUAUAUCAAGGUUCACGAGAGGGAUCUAUAGGCAAACACAACCAGCCCGUCGGUAUCAGAACAUUUGGGAUGUACAGCCAGUUUUGUCGUACCUUUCAGGAUUGGGCCCUACAGAAAACUUAGAUCUCAAGUCCCUAACUUUGAAAGUAACCUUGUCAGUUGCCCUAGUCUCGGCACAGAGAGGCCAAACUCUCCACAUGCUUAACAUUGCUUUUAUGAAGGAUUCCUCUACAAGUAUUGAGUGUGCAUUGCCGGCUCACAUCAAACAGAGUAGGCCUGGCUAUAAUCCACCACUAGUUAUCCUGCACGCAUACCCUGAUGACAAAUCCCCUUGUGUCUUUACAUGCCUGAAAGAGUACCUAGCGGACACAACCCCUCAGAGGAACAGAAAAGAGCUUAUUUAUUACCUUCACCAAGCCACACAGAGCUAUCUCUUGUCUUCUGCUGGUAUUGACAUUGCAUCAUUCAAACGACAGCGCCAGGUCUGCCGCCACCUCUAG